GAAGACGACUCUAUAAUGGAUUUAUUAGGAAAAAUGAUACCUCAAACGUGCCGUUAUAGAGGAGCAAGGUACCCAUGCGGUUUGAGCAUAUCUUGCGUGCUCGGGGGUGGGAAACCCAUGGAUCUGUGUUCUGGGGGUAUGAUCUGGGCGUGCUGUGUGGACAAGGACACGACGGAACGGCCGACGGAGAUUGCUCCGGUUGUGCACAAUGCCAGUUGCGGUGAACAUUACACUCGCUCAAAUCGGAUAGUAGGGGGUCACUCGACGGGUUUUGGUUCCCACCCAUGGCAAGCCGCUCUCAUCAAGUCUGGCUUCCUCAGCAAGAAGUUAGCGUGUGGUGGUGCUCUUAUAUCCGAUAGAUGGGUGAUCACGGCUGCGCACUGUGUCGCUACCACACCAAAUUCUCAACUCCGAGUUCGUCUCGGCGAAUGGGACGUACGUGACACUGGCGAAAGAUACUCGCACGAGGAGUUCGCUGUCCAACGCAAGGAGGUCCAUCCGGCCUACGAGCCUUCAGACUUCAGGAACGACGUCGCCCUAGUCCAACUGGACAAAGGAGUCGUGUUCAAACAACAUAUAAUACCUGUGUGCCUUCCUCAGAAGCAAAUGAAAUUAGCAGGAAAAAUGGCGACUGUCGCGGGGUGGGGGCGAACGCGACACGGACAGAGUACGGUGCCUUCGGUAUUACAGGAAGUAGACGUGGAAGUCAUACCCAACGAGCGCUGUCAGCGCUGGUUCCGCGCUGCAGGCAGACGGGAGACCAUACACGAUGUCUUCAUCUGCGCUGGAUAUAAAGAGGGAGGAAGAGAUUCGUGUCAAGGUGACUCUGGAGGGCCGCUGACAAUGAAAUAUGAGGGGCGAAGCACCCUGAUUGGACUGGUCUCUUGGGGCAUCGGCUGCGGCAGAGAACAUUUACCGGGUGUUUACACAAACAUACAGAAAUUUGUACCGUGGGUUGAUAAAUUGAUAAACACUUAA